UGAUUGCUGUGGGCUGAUGACGUAAUAAAGGCGGGUCCACCCCAACCGGAACAGCCAGCUACAGACACUGGACUGAAACGCUAAGGCGUGCUUCCCUGUGAAAAAAUAAGACCUGCAUUAACCUCAACCAGGCUGUGAAGUACCAGUUUCAUCCACAUAUCUUGAAUAUGAUGUAAUGAUAGUAGCCUUCAUGGACAAACUGGGUUGUAAUGAUGAAGAUUCCCCACCUUGAUUCUUCAAAAACCUGUUCUUGACAGUGACUGACUGUGUUCCAUUACAGUACAGAGGACUUAUAGACUUAUUAGAUACGUUUUUUUAUGUAAAAAUGGUUGAUAAUCGUUAUGCCACAGCGCUGGUGAUCGGCUCAGUCCUGAGCCUGCUGGCUAGCGUGUAUCUGUCCGUGGCAGUGGGCACUCGGCACUGGUACCAGUACCGAAGCAUGCCGGCCAGCAACGAUGUGAAAAACGGCUCAGACCUGCACGCGCUAAAGGGCGCUUUUAUAGAGGAAGACGUGAGCGAAAAGACCUACAGUGAAGCUCUGUUCCGCCUCAACGGCACCAUAGGGCUGUGGUGGCGCUGCAUUCUGGUGCCUGAGGAAACACAGUGGUACAGACAUCCUGAACCGAAGAUGGUGACAGACUGUCAGGCCUUCACUUUGCCCCAGCAGUUUGAAACCAAGUACAAACUCCCUGGAAAUUCUAGUAGUGAAGAAGAUCUACUUCGGACCUAUCUGUGGAGGUGCCGAUUCCUGUUCCCACUGGUGUCUCUCGGGCUGGUGUUUUUGGGAGCACUGAUCGGAGUGUGUGCUUGCCUCUGCCGCAGCAUCACACCAACCCUGUUUGUUGGUUUUCUCCAUCUGCUGGCUGGUAUUUGCUCUCUGGCCACAGUGUGCUGUUUCCUGGCUGGGAUAGACCUGCUGCACAGAGCAUCCGAGUCAGCUGAUUGGAUGAACUACUCUUUGGGCUGGUCCCUCUACCUAGCCCUGGUCUCCUCCCCGCUCCAGAUGAUGGCUGCUGCUCUCUUUAUUUGGGCCGCCAGGAGCCAUCGCAAGAACUACACUCGCAUGACUGCCUACCGGGUGGCCUAGUUAAUGGUGGACCACCCACACGGACAGCUCGCUGGACCACUGGGACUGUGUAUAGUGUUGCCUGGGCAGCAAAUUGUUAUGAAAAGCCCAAUUGCCUUCGCCUAGGCAAAUGUUUGACCACUAAACUGAAGGACUGUAAAUCUUAAAUCUCGUACGACAGCCUGAAGAACACUUCACCAACAUGGUGCAAUCAUCUGGUCCGUGUAAAGGUGUACACACACACACACAUUUGAUCCUAAGUGCUAAACUCCACAAAAAAAGAGGCUGUUCUGGCCUUGUCUCUUCUCUUCAUUACUGCCUUGUUUACCACUCUGUUAGAUCCAUGUAUAGAUAUAGGCAUAGAUAGACAUCUACUUAGAAGACUACUUAGAUUAACUUUUAUGUUUAGAAACCUACAUGUUUAGUAACAUACAAAGCAGCUGCCGAAACGUUUGGUAGAAUAGGUUUUCUUGUGUGAUGUUUGACAUUACAGAACCUGUGUUAUCUUUUUACUUGCUUAAGAUGCACCUUAUUCUAAUGAUUCAGGAGUAGAAUUAUUUAUAGAAGCUUCAUCUUCUAAUACCAAUAAACAACAGUAUAUACAAGUAUAUAAAAGAGUUAGCAAACAUCACAUAGUAGGAGUAUGUUAUUUUUCAGGAUAGAUUUGUUACAGGACUUAAAUCAAAAUCCAAAUUUUACUUCCUGCCUAUAUCUGAUCCAAUAAUUUCUGCAUUAAAAAAAAUAGGACAUUAUGGGUGAAGAAAGCUCUGUUUCUUCACUUCAUCUGACCCAGGGUAUCAAACCUAUGACCUUGUGUAGAAUAAGCCAGCUUCGCAAGAGGCAGAGAGUAAAGGCCCUUGUUUAAAGGUAGUACCUGCUGGUUCAUUGCUUUGAACCACCAACCACCACCUUCCAUGCUUCAGGGCCUCCAGAGAAUCCCGAACCCACAACCAUGUGAUCAUUGCUCACCCAGCACUCUAAGUACUGGCCCACUAUUACUCCCUAUAUAUUAUGAAAUGAGAAUUGUUUUCACUAAAACUUUACUUCAAAAGUAAUUCAGUUCAGAUAGCCAGGUUUUUUAACACAUUAAAACUAAUGCUCAGUUUUAAUCCUAGAUUUUCUUUGUUUGUGCACACUGGUCUAGUUUUAGAUGUUAUCGGGUUUGUUGUUAUUCACAUGAAUGCAGUAUGUAGCAUAAGGUUUGUACUCAUACGAUUUGUGUCAAUAUGCAUGAACAGAAUGCAGUAACUUCUUGCCUUUGUUUCUCACACCAUUAAUAGAGCAGCUCAGACUUCUCGAGCCUUAUGGGACAGUUUCCCAGACUGGGAUUAGGCCUAGUCCUGGACAAAACACUGCAUUUUAAAUGGAGAUUAAGAUAAAGUCUAGGACUAGGCUUAAUCUCUGUCAGGGAAAUUGCCCCUGUACGUUUAUAUUUCUCAUGUUUUACUUUAUAGUCUUUAUUGAAGUGUGUUAUAUUAAGCUAUUACAUUACCAACCUCUUGUUGGUUGCUUGUUUGAAUUUGCUGUCAGAUUGGAUUGGACUGUUUCUUGGUGGUUGAUGUGAUAUUCUAAGGCUGUUUGGUGUGUAGUGUGUGUAAAGUGUUAGUAUUUGUAGAAACUUUGGAAUUUAUUUUUGCAUGUGCCUCAUUACCAACGCUGUGCUUUCGUUUCUUCGUAUUGUUUUUUAGAGGUUUGCUUGAAUCUUUGAAGUUUUUUUUCAAGCACACAAGUCGUAUUAAGUCAUAUUAAAACAGUUAUAAAACACAUGUGAAGAACAUAAGCAAUACAUUAAAUCUAAGUCUGGAUUAGAGUUUGGACAAUACCUCACGUUCUGCAUCGUAACAGCAGAUCACUGACAUUUUAAUGGUGUCCCUAAAAAAAAAAAGACUUGAGUAUCUUCCUGCCUUUUAUAGAUACUUUUUAUAUGUCCUCAUUUCAAGUGAUCACAAUAAACAUCUUUUCAAGUGGA